CCUCAAGCUACUGAAUAUUACUGACCUGGAUACGAUGGAUAGAAAUCUGAUGAUAAAACACGAAAUCAAUCCGUCGACUCUUGCUCGACCGAAUAUUAAUCUGAAAGUUUUGGUGAUUGAUGCACAGUUCCUAUAUGAUUUUAACAGCAUUUUAUUAUCGAUACCAUCUCUCGAAGUACUCAAAAUACGGUAUUCAGAACCGAUCAAGAUCAAUUCGCGAGUAUGGAAAGAUAAGAUACGAUUACACGAACUAUUAAUUGAGUGCAGUGAUGAUCAAAUUAACGAAUAUAAAACAUCGAGGACUACAUCCGAAAUCCAUUGUUUUAUACAAAGCCUUGCACUUUACAUUAAUUUUACAUCGCUUAAACGUCUUACGCUUGUUGCAAUCAGUCAAUCGGUGAUCAUCGACGCUGCGACUCUUAUGGUUAUUGAAUAAAACUUUUGGUGCUUAUUGAAUUUUAU